AGUUCCCGUUCGUAGUCCAAUAUUUGACAACCUAAACACUCUAAACAAUGGCCGCGUAUUGUCAGAGCAUACUAUCGAUUUGAGGCGAGUGUUAGUGUUUUUAUGUGUUUUAUAAUGUAAUUUUUCGUUUUUAUAAACAAAAUGUGGAUUCCAACAAGCACUAAGAAAUAUGGAGUUGCGAUAUAUAAUUGGAAGGGAGGCACAAAAUUCGGCCUUCCCUUGGAAAUCGGCGACACCGUGCAAAUUUUAGAAGAAUGUCAGGGUUGGUAUCGAGGUUUUUCUACAAAAAAUCGAUCGCACAAAGGCAUAUUUCCACAGUCUUACAUACACCUCAAACCCUGCAAAGUUGAUAAUGAAGGUCUUUUCGAAAGUGUGGUUCCUUUGGAGGAUCCUAUUGUUCGUGAGGUAACUCUUGUGUUGAGAGAAUGGGGACGAAUUUGGAAAGGAAUUUUUGUGGAGAGGAACCACUACAAAUUUGAAACCGUUGGUAAAGUAAUGCGGGAUCUUCUAGAAUGGAGGAGACAACUCGUCAUGGGUACAUUAACUCACGAUCAAACCACUGAUUUGAAACUAAAAAUUAUUCAGAAGAUAGAUUGGGGCAACCGGAAAUUGGGUUUAGAUUUGGUUCCCAGACAAAGUGCUAAUAUGGUAGAGCCCGAUUCGAUGUCAGUCGUCGAAUUAUAUCAUGUACAUGUGGCUAGUGCUGAAAAUAUCCAAGGCGUUUCUGCUAGGGGUACAAUUAAAAGAAAAGAACAGAAAAAAACAUUGACUCAUCAUUUAUAUUUUUGCAUGAGAGAUUUUGGUCACCACAUUGGUGAAGAUACAGAAAUAUAUUUUUCACUGUACGACGCUUCCAAACAAAAAUAUAUAACGGAACGGUUCCUAGUCAAAAUUUCCAAAGAUGGUUUUUCCAACUACGUUGAAAAACUACAUAGUAACUGCACAAUUUUUACGGAUUUGGGUAGUGCAGAAUUGAACAAAGAUAUUUAUAUAGUUGCUCAUAUAAUGAGGAUAGGAAGAAUGUUAUACUCAGAUAGCUCUAGAAAGACUGAGAAAAUAGCAGCUCAACAGCAGAUAUUUAAAAGGCCACAUGGGGUAGCUGUGCAAAACUUGGGUGAUUCUUUAACUAGUAAAGAAAGUGAUACUGAUGAAAGAGAAUUCAAUAUGAAGGUAUAUCAAGCCGAGGAAAAAGACUUCCAUCAACUUCACGAAUUUAUAAUAAAGCAAUCUGGAAAGUUCAGUUCACUGUCGGGUCACAUUAAUUACGGAAUUAUGAUAAGUGUUAAAAUGUUACAUGGUGAACUAAGAACAAUAACUGAAGAAAAUCCGUUAUUAUAUAACAAUGUUUGUUUAACUAGUAAAUUAGGUUUUCCAGAUGUGAUAAUGCCCGGGGAUGUACGGAACGAUCUCUAUUUAUAUUUAGAUAGAGGAGAAUUUGAAAGGGGAGGAAAAUCUACAGGAAAAAAUAUCGAAGUUUCCAUUGUUGUGCUAGAUAGUGAAAAGAGAAUUAUUAAGAAUUGUUUGUGGGGUGCUUCGGGAAUGGAACCUAUUUCCGAGUAUAAUUCAGUUAUUAUUUACCAUCAUAAUUCUCCUGUUUGGGGUGAAAAUGUAAGACUAACUCUACCAAUCGACAAAUUUGCUGGAGCUCAUGUUCGGCUAGAAUAUCGGCAUUGUUCAACAAGAGAGAAAAACGAUAAAAAGCUUUUUGGAUUUUCGUUUCUUCGUCUUAUGGAUACCGAAGGCGCUGCCGUUCAAGAUGGCCAUCACGACCUUUAUAUUUACAAAUGUGAAGAUCCUCCUAAAUUAGAAAAUUGUGGUUAUCUCUCCCUACCGGCGUUUGCCAGAGAUUUCGAAGGUAAUCAUGAAGCUAGCGGUCAGUUCUCCAGAAGUCACAAAGAAAUAGUUUCCAUAAAGACACUAUUGUGCUCAACAAAACUCACACAGAAUGUUGAUUUAUUGGCGUUACUUAGAUGGAAAUCUCAUCCUGAAAGAAUACCUGAAUCGCUACAUAGGGUUUUAAACUUAGGUGACGAAGAAUUCAUAAAGUUUUUGCAAGAUGUUUUAGAUGCAUUAUUUGCACUUUUUUCUACUGAAGAUGGAAAUUCGACUGCGUACAGUGGACCAGUAUUCCACGUUUUAGUAUCUAUUUUCAAUUUAUUAGACGGCUCAAAAUACCAGUACUUCAAACCUGUACUAGAGGCGUAUAUUAAAAAUCACUUUUCAGCUGCACUUGUGUAUAAAGGCCUUUUAACAAGCGUGCAACAUUGUGCCGACUGGGUGUCAUCUUUUGAAAAACAAGAACCAAUUCAAAAAUGCUUCAAAAGUUUGGAGUAUAUCUUUAAACUAAUCAUACAAAGUAGGCUUCUAUUCUCACGGGCCACAGGUGGUCACUUUGAAGAUAGUUUUCGUAGAGAUCUGUUUAGUGUUUUUGUAUCAUUAAAUAAAAUGUUGGGAAUAAGUGAUAACCAUAUCAUCAACACACAGGUUGCACUCUUAAUAACGAUAAGUUCUGUAUAUGAACAAUUAACAGAUGUUCUUCCGACAAUAGAAGUUACAAAGCUUGCAACAAAUAUGUUGGAUUCUUUACCCCGGGAUUUACCUUCAUUAUUAAUUCAAGCUAAACUCUCAUGUAUUAAAAAUAUCGUCACUGGAAAACUUUUUCAAGAUGAUGAAUCUCGAAACAUUCUUCUUGUAACAACUUGUAAGCAUCUCAGGUUCCACUUAAUGCGAAGAGAAGAACUGAAGCUUUGUACAGAUAUCCUUGGAGAAAUAUUGAGUUAUUUAUUUAAACAGAGGAAAGCUAGCGAAGAGCCAGGAAAGGUCAACAAUUGUAUCCAUCAUGACGUGGACACCUUGUGUUUGGCUAUACUUGAAGUCCUCAUACAAACUAUACUCACUAGUAUUGACAAAGAUGUAAAGGUGUUUGGCUGUUUGGUUGCUUGUUUGAUUGGUAUCCUGCAACUUCUUGACGAAUUUCAUUACAAAAGGUUAUGGGAAGUAGUAAUGGGACCUCAUCAGGACAGGAAACCUCUCAAAGAUUUCCUCCUUAGAGCUUUUCUAGUUUUUAGGAACCUAGUGAGGAUGGAGGUAUUUCCUCCGGAUUGGUUGGUCAUCAAAAUGUUGACGAACAAUGUGAUUCUGAAAGCACUGCAAGAAUUUGCUCAACCUUUAGCGUUUAAGUUUUUAGAUAGUCGGGCUGGAUAUUUUGAUAAAGAAUUAUGGACCAAUUAUUUCAACUUGAGUGUGGAUUAUCUGACUCAAGAGUCUUUACAAUUGGAACAAUUUUCUGAUGUUAAAAGAGAAAAGAUUAUAGAGAAAUAUGCUGAUAUGAGAGUUCUAAUGGGAUUUCAAAUUUUGUCUAUGUGGUCCCAAUUAGGUGAGUGUAAACUUCAUUUUAUUCCCUCAAUGGUAGGGCCAUUUCUUGAAGUGACCUUGGUUCCUGAAAUAGAGUUAAGAAAAGCUACAUUGCACAUAUUUUUUGAUAUGAUGGAAUGUGAACAACGAGCCAGAGGUAAUUUUAAGCAAGUAGAAUGCGAACUGAUCGACAAAUUAGAUAUUUUGAUCUCGGAAAAUAAGGGCGACGACGAAUAUAGACGAUUAUUUAAUACAAUUUUAUUGGACAGAGUACAAUCUGAAGAACCAGUUUGGAAAGAAAGUGGAGUUGCUUUCAUUAGCUCAAUAACAAGGCUUCUUGAACGUCUUCUUGAUUAUCGAAAUGUAAUACAAGGAGAUAAAAAUAGAGAUAAAAGAAUGUCAUGUACAUUCAAUUUAUUGAACUUUUACAAAAAUGAAAUAAACAGAAAAGAAAUGUAUCUCCGGUAUAUAAAAAAAUUACACGAUUUACAUUUAUCUGCCGAAAAUUAUACCGAGGCCGCGUUUACUUUAAAAUUAUAUGCCGACCAACUUGCUUGGAGUAAUAAUCAAAUUUCUGAUCCUAACUAUCCUGGACACUCUGAAUGUCAAGUCAAAGAAUUGCUCUAUAGGCAAAUUAUUAAUUAUUUUGAUAAAGGAAAGUGCUGGGAAAAGGGGAUACCAUUACUUAAAGAAUUGGCAAAUUUAUAUGAAAAUAUUUUCUUUGACUACAAAUUAUUAAGUGAUAUUUUGAGAUAUCAGGCUAAAUUUUAUGAUAACAUUUUAACACAACUCCGUCCCGAACCGGAAUAUUUUCGAGUAGGAUUCUAUGGUUUAAGUUUUCCACUUUUUGUAAGGAAUAAGCAAUUUGUAUAUAGAGGACUGGAAUACGAACGAAUCGGUGCCUUCACACAGAGAUUACAAACAGAAUUUCCAUCCGCUCAAUUUUUAAUGAAAAAUACUCCUCCAGAUGAUACAAUUAUGAAUGCUGAUGCACAAUAUAUUCAAAUUUGUAACGUGAAACCAAUACCUGAACCGAAUCCUAUUAUUUUGGCGUCCGAUAUUCCCGAAAAAAUUUCUAGAUUUUAUCAUUACAACGAUGUUCGCAAAUUUCAAUGCGACCGUCCAGUCCAUAAGGGUAUUAUUGACAAGGAUAAUGAAAUUAAAACUCUCUGGAUAGAGAGAACAAUUUUAGAAAUCAGCAAUGUACUUCCUGGAAUUUUGCGCUGGUUUGAAGUUAUUGAUCGUCAAACUGAAGAAAUUCCUCCAGUUCAAUAUGCUUGUGAAACAAUGCGUAACGUGGAAAAUGAAUUGAGACAGUUGAUAACUAUACAUUCUAUGGACCCGAAAAGAAAUUUGAAUCCGUUUACAAUGAGACUACAGGGUAUAAUAGAUGCUAAUGUACAAGGGGGAUUAAGCAAAUACCAACAAGCAUUUUUCACCAAAGAAUUUGCAAAACUAUAUCCAGAACAUAAAGUGUAUGCUGAAACUCUAAGAGAAUUGAUUAUUAACGCAACUAGCGUCAUUCAAGAAGGUUUGAUUUUGCAUGGCAAAUUAGCACCCCAGAGUGUUCAACCCCUGCAUCAAAGGCUUCUAGAAAGAUUUAUUCAGUUGAAAGAAAGUCUAGGCUCUUUCAACCAACAAGCAACCAAUAGUAUUGUAAAUACUCCUCUUCCCCCAGUACCUACUGAAAAAAGGUUGUUAAUGGAAAAUGGAAGCAACCGAUCUUCAGGGUCCAGUGGUAAUUAUGGACAUCUAGUAGACCACCAUACAGCUGAAUAUGAUAAUAUUUAUACAAAACCCGCAGAAAAUGAACGAUCAACUUUAAAUAGAGAAAAUCUGUCUUUACCAAUGCCUAUUAAUAGUAUAGCACCACCGAUACCACAAAGAGAAUGCAGACCUCGAUCUCAAGGAUUCAAUAAUCCGAGUUUUGCUGAAUUAAGAACUCCUACAAGAGGACCAGUCGAAUAUAAUAGUGGAAGUCUACCAUCUAUGAAGUCUAGGGAUGCUGAAUCUGGUGAUUUGCCACUUCCUCCAAAACCGACGCAUUCAAGAGAAAGGUCUCUGACAAAACCACCUUCUCCAAGACUGCUUAGACAUGCGUUAUCAAUGACUCCUACAGAUAAUCAACAUUUAAGGAAUUCUUGGCCAGAAAGUGGUAACACAGAAGAAGCACCUCCACUUCCGCCAAGAUCACACACUCCAGAUAAACGAGUACACAGCUUACCAAACGAAACGCCUCCAAACAUUCCUAAGAGAGGUCAAAAGAAAACAACACAAUCUAUGUGCAGUGUAGAGUAUCUUCCAUUGGAAGAUUCUGGUCAAGAAACUAACCUUGUUACGUCAACCAACAGUCUUAGUACACAUGUAGAUAGUCACGAUCUUCGUGACUCUGGGAUAAGCAUGACAGAACCUGCAAUGAAUAAUUUUAAUACUGCUAGCUAUGAGGAUUUUGAUUUUCGAACACAUCAAGCUGAAAUGAAUAUCAAUAACAGUCCAAGUCCAAAAGCAGAAAACGAAAAUCCUCCUCCCAUACCUCCAAAAUCAACAAUUUGUUCCUUAAAUUCCAGUUUUGAUUUAGGAGGAAGUCUGGAAAGGCCUAAGCGCCGCGAAGAACUGGAUGUACAAAGUCCUGUUGAAGGUUAUUCAUGUCCUGGAAUACACAAUGAGAAUGAUACUUCGGAAAGUACUGAAAAAAAUCCCGAAUCCUAAUUGGUAGCGUUCGCGUAAUUUUAUUAUAUUCACUGUGAUUUGUUUUUUUGUAUGAUUUAGUUAUGCUCUGUAAGACACAUAGAAGUUAUUGGUUUCAAUUUUAUUGUACUCAUUUACAUAUUUUAUUGAAUUUGUUCUUGGGUAAAAAAUUAAUUUUAAACGAAUAGUAUUGAUGAGUUUAUACCGAUAGCAUAUGUUUUUAAAGAUGAGAUUAUGGAAGCCAUCCUGUCCCUAAUCAUAUUUUUCACUUCAUAAAAAAUAGUUCUAUACUGCAUCACUACCGGUAUUACUGCCUACAAAAUUAAUGUACGUACAGUAGGAUGUAGUGCAAUGUACGCUGUGUUAUAUCUUAUUGGAAUUUAUUCCAAUCUGAAUAUGAUCAUUAUUUCUGUUGAUUUCUCAAAAAAACUAAAUGUGAAUUAUCUUAAAUUGCCGACAAAAAUUUCGAUUUGUCAGUCGUGAAUUCCUCAACAGUUAUCUUAUGACCGAAGUAAAUGUUAUAUUCAAUUUGAAUUAGUUAGUGUUGCCAAAACAUCGAUAUUUCUUCUGGAUUAUUCAGGCUAAAUUUCUCGUUACUGUUUAGGUCUAAGUUGGAAUUUUUGGAACUGUAGGUGAUAUUCAUACUGAACACACUGUUCACACUACCACUACAUCAACACUCACAAUUACACUGUCUGACACGGGUUUCGAUAACCAAGUUAUCGUCUUCAGCGACUGAAGGUAAACUAAAGCCUAAUAACUUGACUUACCUGUUUUAUACUCCAUUUUUUCAACAAUAAACCUUCUCCCGCGAAAAUUAAUUCCAGUGAAAACCUCCUUGACGGGAAUCUUCACAUUUAUUCCUUAACCACUAAAUUAUAGAGUGGGCUGUAAGUAAUUGGCCCUUUGUCCUUAUUUAAGCUUUCAUUACAUUUAGCAAUUUCAGUGCUUUCAAAUUCAACAAUUUUACAUUAUUAACAUCUAUGUCAUGAUUAUGACCGGCAGCGUGAUCGAUUUUUUGGUUUGUCGAUAUUUUAAAUGAGUUAUGUGCUCUUUAAACCGGACAAUAACGGAUCUCUUAGUCUGCCUAAUAUACCUCCCGUCCAAUCACCCCAGCUAAUUUCAUAUAUACCACUCUUUUCCAAAUUUUGUAUUUUAUCCUUAUGAUUACCCAACAAUUGUUUUAAUGUGUUGUUGGAUUUAUAAUAAAAUUUAAAACCCACUCUGUUAAAUAUUCCUUCCAAUCUCUUUGAAUAAACAGGAUUGAAAGGUUACAAAACAAAUUUUUCUUGUUUUUCACUUUGAAUUUGGAAAAAAAUGGAUUCACAGAGAGAUUUCUUAAACGUAUGACGAUUAAUUAAUCCAUUCACAAUUCUUUUAUCAUAACCGUUGAGUACAGCAACAUUCUCAAGGAAAAUUGUUAAGUGGAAAGUGUGAUGUACCAAGAAAUGGAGACUGGACACUUUAUGUGGGAUACAAUGAAAAGAAUCAGCCAGGAUGUAACUGCACGUAGCGGUGUGUUUGCUUAAUACAUCAAAUUCCAGCCUAUUACUAUUUCCAAUUACUAAAGUAUCUAAAAAGUGUUACCGUCCAUUAUUUUCUAUUUCAUAGGUGAACUUUAUAGAUGGAUAUUUUGAAUAGAGUUCCAAAAUGAAUUCGUCUACGAUUUGCUUUUAAAAAUGAGUUUUUUUAUGAACAGCUCAGCCACAAACGGCCUAUCACCGUUUGUGGCAUAAAUAUUAAUGUCGUAAAAUUGUUAAAAAAUGUAUCAAAUAAUAAAUUUUUAGAUGCAUUUGAAAGCAGUGAAAUUGCUGAAUGUAAGAAAAGCUCAAUAAGGACAAAGGUCAAUUUCUUACAGCCCACUCUAUAGUUUAGUAGUCAAGGAAUAAAUAUGAAGAUUCUCGCCAAGGAAGUUUCAGUCUCUUAGUUUCGAUAACUUGGUUAUUGAAACGCGCUUGUGAUUGUGAGUGGUGGUGUAGUGGUAGUGUAAAGAGUAUGUUCACUAUUACUGUUUAGGUAAUUACGGUUGAAAUUUCCAUUAGUGUAUCUGAAUAACGUCACAUCUCUGCCAAUCACCACAAUCUACAACUUUGCAAAAACUAUCAUAACACAUUUGUAAUAAGUCGAGAAUUAUUUUGAUGAAACUGUUUCAAUUAUUCUCUGGUAUGCAAUUUCAAUUUCUGGUGAUGUGUCUUAUGAAUGGGUAAAUAAUAAUGUUUGAAAGCAUCUCGAUAUUUUUGUUAUUCAAAGUUUGCAUUAAAUUAGUUUUUCUAUAUUAGUGUUGAUAAUUAUCCGACAGCUCGAGUCAGAAAUUGAAUAUUUAGUAUAAGUUGAUAGUUUUUCUGUUAGAAUCUUGAUGAGAUUUUGUUGUAAAAGUUUUUAAACGAGAAUCAACUGUAUCAAUAAUUUUUCAGAUAAUGCGUAGGCUUCAACUGGAAAAUGAAUCAUGCUUAUCGAUUACCUAAUCUAAUUAAUAAAAACUGAACUGCCGUAAUAGUAUGCAGGUUUUUAUAUUUUCUGUAUUGAAUCUUUUUGAUAUUUUACUUUAUACGUUUCAUAAUGGUUGUGAAUGAAAUAAAUUUCAAAGUAGAAGUAGUUUUACAGAGCCAGGACUAAGAAUAUAAUGUAGUUUAUAAACUUUUUAUUAGUAUAUUUAUCCAUUCCCUAUUGAAUAUUCCUAUAAUGUAUUUUUUAUUGGCGUGAAUCUUUCAAACAUAUUUUGUAAUUUCUAUUUUCAUAUUGUAGGCAAACCAUUUUUAGAUUAUAUAGAAAGUGUAUCAUAAACAAUGGUAGUAUAGACUACUCCACUUAAUUAAUUGUGCCAAUUUUUAUAAUUUCCAAAUCCAGAACUAUUGAACUUUCCUGAAUCAUGGUCUAUUUAUAAUUGUUAAGAUCAAUAUAUUCAUCAAGCUCAAAUUUUAAUCAUAGGUAUCUAGAAAACAUUUGUAUACACAGAUAAAAUCUGUCAAAUUCUAACUGAACUAAAUAUAAUUACUUUAAUGACAGUUUACAUGAAAAUAAAUAAAUAUCAAUGUAAUAUGGACAAUCCACAAAUUCAUGGAGGUAACAAUCAACGAUUUUAAUCUAUUUAAAGAACUUUCCACUCGAACAUUCUGUACUGCCAAAAAUAAAUUCUACAAAUUUGUGAAAAUUCACUCACUUCGAAUACAAUUAGUGAAUUGAAGAUUGUGUGCUACAACAUAGGUUUAUAUUUAUUCAUUAGAAUUUUUUGGCGAAUAAGAAGGAUGGUCUAACACCAGGAUUGGUAGAAACCUUUCCAGAGAUAAAGCAAAAUGCAUGUUUAUGAUUAAUUUACAAAUUCUUUCAGUUUCAGUAAUCGUGAAAAUAUUCAAUUGACGGUUAGACCUAAUCAAGCUGUUCAUUUUUUUUAUGUAAAAGUCUGAUCCGGGGAUAUUAAGUAUCUUCAAUAAUUGGUCUAUCGUCGAUUUCCUUUUGCAAUCUAAUAUUGUAAACACUUAUGUAGUAAGUAUGAUCGAGUUUCGAAAAAUAAAGCAUUUUUAUAUAUCAG